AAGACAGUAUAAAGCAACUCUGCUUGCAGUUUAUGAAUCUUAACUUUAACAGUUACCAGUUUCAGUAUAUGUCGGCGUUAUAAAACUAUAGUUCGUCUGCUUCUAGAAUCACGGAACAUAAGAUGGCGGACCAUUCAGAACGCGAUGAAUUUAUCGAGCUGCCAGAUCUAAGCGAAUUUCUCCGGGAGGAUCCCUACUUAGUGCCCUACCAAGAAGACUUAUGUCGCAGGUACCAGUUGUUCACUGAGAGGUUGUCUAAGUUGGAGGAGGCUGAGGGGAGUUUUGAUGACUUCACCAGGAGUUACAUGUCCUAUGGUGUCCAGAGACAGGCUAAUAACAGCCUGAUGUUCAGAGAGUGGGCUCCGGGAGCUCAGGCCUUGUUCCUCACUGGGGACUUCAAUGACUGGAACAGUACAUCCCACCCCUACACUAAGAAAGAGUAUGGUAAAUGGGAACUUUACCUUCCUCCUAAAAGAGACAAGGCACCUGCCAUUGAACAUGAGACCAAACUCAAGCUAGUGGUGCUGACGUCAGAAGGGGAGGAGUUAUUCCGUAUCUCUCCGUGGGCCAAAUACUGUCACAAACAUGUGGACUCCAACACCUACGACUGGAUACACUGGGACCCAAUUAGGCCUUUCCUGCUGUUGCGUCAGGUUUAUAGACAGAGAAACAUACCCAGACAGAAGCAGUUGAUAGUUGGGGAAACGGAAGAAGCCAAAAGUGCUCACGUUGGCAUCGCCUCACCUGCGGAAGAGAUCGCCACCUACACCAAUUUCACCCUCAACGUCCUGCCCAAAGUCAAAGACCUGGGUUAUAACUGUGUCCAGUUGAUGGCCAUCAUGGAGCAUGCGUACUACGGCAGCUUUGGAUACCAGGUCACCAACUUCUUCGCUGCCUCCAGUCGGUUCGGCAACCCUGAGGACCUGAAGAGGUUGGUGGACUCCGCCCACUCUUUGGGGAUCACCGUCCUGUUGGAUGUGGUACAUAGCCACGCCUCCAGUAACACGGCUGAUGGGCUGAAUAAGUUUGACGGGACAGACUCCUGCUUCUUCCACUCUGGGCCUCGGGGACACCAUCCACAGUGGGGCUCACGCCUCUUCAACUACCAGAGUUGGGAGGUGUUGAGGUUCCUGCUGUCUAAUCUCAGAUGGUGGAUGGAGGAGUAUCGCUUCGAUGGCUUCAGGUUCGAUGGCGUCUCAUCCAUGCUCUACCACCACCACGGCAUCGCCAUGUCUUUCUCUGGUGGUUACAGUGAGUACUUUGGGAUGCAGGUUGAUGAGGACUCGAUCAUACAUCUGAUGCUUUCCAACCACAUCCUACACACACUCUACCCCGACUGCAUUACCAUUGCAGAGGAUGUAUCAGGAAUGCCAGGGUUGUGUAAACCAGUGAAGAAUGGAGGACUUGGCUUUGACUACAGACUCAACAUGGCUGUGCCUGACAAGUGGAUCCAGAUACUGAAGGAGUUAAAGGAUGAGGAAUGGGACAUGGGGAAUAUCGUCUACACGCUGACCAAUAGGAGGAAGGGCGAAGGAAGCAUCGGCUAUGCUGAGAGCCACGACCAGGCUCUGGUAGGUGAUAAGUCCCUGGCCUUCUGGCUGAUGGAUAAAGAGAUGUACACCAACAUGAGUUCCCUGAUCCCCAUGACUCCCGUCAUCGACCGAGGCAUCCAGCUACAUAAGAUGAUCCGCCUCCUCACACACGCUCUGGGGGGAGAAGGCUACCUCAACUUCAUGGGUAAUGAGUUUGGCCACCCAGAUUGGCUGGACUUCCCCAGGAAGGGUAAUGGUGAGAGUUACCAGUAUGCCCGUCGUCAGUACAACCUGUUAGACCCUGACAACAACCUACGCUAUACACAGCUUUACGCUUUUGACAGAGACAUGAACCUCACGGAGGACAAAUAUGGAUGGCUGGCCUCCCAGAAGGUGUUGCUGACCACGGCGGACGAGAAGGAUAAAGUGAUCGUGUUUGAAAGAGCCAACGUUAUGUUUGUUUUCAACUUCCACCCCAGUAACAGCUACAGUGACUACCGCAUAGCAGCUGGCCCGAACGGGAAAUAUCGUAUCAAGCUGGACAGUGAUGCUGAGCAGUAUGGGGGACAUGGUCGACUGGACACAGACACAGAGUUCUUCACCGAACAGGAACCAUUUAAAGGCGUGAACGACCAAUGGCAGCCACACUCUUUGAAGAUCUACAUUCCCUGCCGGACAGCGCUGGUUCUGGCCAAUGAGGAGCUAGAUUACUGUUACUAAGGAAGAGGGGUUGUGGGCUCCUGGUCGUUGGAUGUGUCCCGUAAUAACCUGAUACCACCAGAGGGGAGAGGAUGUCGAUCAGAAAGACCCACUGUGUACACACGCACAUACACACACACACUGAAUCAUUGUGUUGCAUGUUCAGCUAGUCUAGAACUAAAUAGUUUGCAGAGGUACCGGCUGACUUUUUCACUGCAGUUUAAUAGACCUCGUCUUCCACACACAGAAAGUCUAGGCCAUUUUAGUCAUAUUUCUGAUAUUAGUUUUACACAAGUUGACUUCAGCCUUAUGAGUAAAAGAAAGGGACACGGAGUCAGAUUUAUGUUCCAGACUUCCAUGUGUUAGUUUAUAAUAGACUUUUUAUUGUGUUUCGAACGCAGUUUGUGCUGUUUGUGCGGUAGAAACACGAUCUGUCUCAAUGGCACCCGAUUCCCUUCUAAUGGGGAUUCCGGUCAACUGUAGAGCGCUAUGUAGGGACACAGGGAGGGAUUUGUGCCCCUUUUUUUGUUUAAUUGUCUGUUAGUUUACUGUUUUAGAGGGAGGACACAGAAACGCAGCUGUCAAAACAGUGUUUAGGGUAAUAAUCUGUUACUGUAUUGUGAAUGUGAAUGUCUUAACAGUAUAUUACGUCAGACUGGGAAUUUAAAUAAAAUAUAACUUGUACUGUGA